AUGCGAAUUGGAAAGCUCAGAAGCAAAAAAUUAAGUGAGGCAAGAAAGAAAAGGAAGAAACAAGAGGAGAAGAAUGAGGCAGGUCAGAGGCCAGAAUUGAACUUGGAAACGAAGAAGCCGAGGAGGUUCAUGGCUGGACGGAAACAAAAGGAACGGUUGAGAGAGAAGAUUUGUCUCAACUCUCAUGUAAGUGCAGCGAACGAUCCAUAUUCAAGAGGGUGUCAGAGUCGUGGAAGUUCAGGCAUGGACAGCGAGGCCGCCAACAGUGCUUGGCACGCCGGCUCCGCCCAUCCACCUUGCUUCUUUUCUUCUUCUUCUAAUGCUUCAUUCACCACAAGUCGCAUAUCCCCAAGCCACAAGGCCACCACUCUCAAGGCAUCCCUGCCUGCGGCUUCCCGGCAUUCAAUCACGUCCCAGCCUCAACCUCUACUUCCGCCAUCCGCAUUCUCGGCUUUCACUACCACUUUGCUACCAAAAUUUGGGCAUCUUCUCAGCUCUCUUCUGUCUCCUCUCAAAACUCCCCCUUCCAAUGUACGGCCCCAGAUGCUCAUCCAAAAGGCCAUCAUUGAUUGCCGAUUUUUAACAUUAUUUGCCGUGUUAGGAUCUCUACUUGCUUCCGCGUUAUGCUUCAUUGAGGGUUUUUCACUCGUUAUACAGACGUACGCACAGUAUUUUCACAUCUGGUCGAACAGGUUGGAUCAAGGCCAUGUUGCCAAACUACUCAUCGAAGCCAUAGAUAUGUUCCUGGUAGGAACGGGCAUGCUCAUUUUUGGGGUGGGUUUGUACGUCAUGUUUGUUGGAUCCAAGACUGAAGAACAGCCGUGGGACUUUCAGUCAGCGCCAAGAUGGGUGGGAAUAGAAUCUAUUGGACAGGCAAAGUCAAGAAUAGGGCAUGCGUGUUGAUGCUGAUUCUUCAGGUGGGAGUAUUGGAGAAGUUGAAGGACGUCCCUUUGGUGACGGGGUUCGAUCUUGCCUGCUUCGCCGCAGCAAUAUUGACA